UUGAGGUAGUCAGUGAAACGCUCUUUCUGCCCAGCGUUGAGCACUAUUCCAAGUGGGCAGCGUUGUCGCUAAUAGUGUUUAUCAAUAUUAAGCGUACUGUUAAUGUGAAGUGAUUUAUUCGAAAUAAUGGUCGACCUAAUUUUAUGAUUUAUCCAAAUGUUGUGACUGAUUGCAUCACUACUGUUACUGUGACUGAAAUGUCUUAAUCGGAACGCAAUUUUAGGGUGGCUAUAGGUGACAGAUCUCUUCUUAUUCGCAAGCCGCAAUGUUCCCGGACUAUUUUCAGUCAUCGAAAAGAAAAGCGCGACGGAAUUCUAUUCCCACCUAAAGACAAUGCAUAACAAGAAGCUUAAGUUCGUUUCAUGAAAUUUCGCGCGAUCUUCACAAUGAGUAAUGUUUAGUCCAUAUGCAUGAAGUUUUCGAAGACCGGCCUUUAGCUACUCCAAAUAUUUCACUCAUAAUCUAUCGUAUAUUCGUAUAUUGACAAAAAGACCGAUGUACGUGUGUCUAUUCGUACUGGAUACCGUUGGUGUGGGGUGAUUUCAGCUUGAGCCAACCGGAUGGGCUGAAUAGCUCCACUUAAUCAUAUAACUUGGUUUUUAGGAAUCUUUGUUUAGAAACAAAAACGCUGAAGACCAAGCACCGAAAUGGCCCAUCCUCAGUGUCAUCAUCACUGCAUUCGAAAGCAAUUGCUCACUUACAUUGCUGCCGCUGCUAAUAAAUACGGCCUGCAUUUAGGAAUGCGUGCCCGUGGUUCCGGAAGUGGGAAGCGAUUGGCUAGAAAAGAGUGUCAUUGCCGGCUUUCGGGUCUGGCAAUUAAUGUUUAUGAGCUGCGCAGGAGCAACUGUUGUUAUUGUGGUGAUGUGCUGCUUCAUGAAGUGCCGUGUGCCUCGAACAAAACAAGAGAUUGAAGCCGAUUGUCACCGGAGGGAGUUGACCCUACAGUUUCGUAAACAGCUUAACAAAAUUGCAAUGGAUGACCUAACAUUUCUGAAAGCUUUGGAUAAAGUUCGAGAGACAUUUGAGCAUGAGGAAGAAAAACGACAGCGUGGAUCGUGGGAUUCGCUUCUUGAACAGGAGGGCAGAGAAUUGUCGUUCAAAUAUCGAAUACGCAAGCUGCUCAGGAUGUUCCGAUUUAAAAAAAAGGAAAAAGACAAGAAUAAAAGUGCCACCGAGAAAGACGGAGGAGGAAGCACUAACGAUCAAGCUAAGAGGGGAAGCGAUUCCACUGGCGGCGAUGGUGAUGAAGACAGCAGGAACACAAAGAAUGGUUCUAAAGGAAAGAAUAGUCCGGAAGAAACCCAAUAUAGAAACGGUGAUGAUCAUCGAAAAGAUCAUAAAGGUAGAGAUCACCAUAAAAAGGAUCACGUGGAAGUUCACAUUGAUGCUGACGCUGAUGGAAUUCUUCGACAGAAGUCAUAGUGUCUAAGACAGCGAUUGUUCAAAAGAGAACGUUUAUUAAAUUUAUAUUUUGAUAUCCAAUAGAUAACAUGACUAUCGAAAUCCUAGUAGUAUCUUAAGCAUGGUUUCCAUUCUGGUAUCUCAAUGAAAACAUGAACGCAUCGGAUUAUUCGCUUGUGGCUAUAUCUACUGCUUCUAGUACAUAAAUACAUUUUUAAUAUUCGUACGUGGAUCAAUACUUGAGAUCAAUCGUUUGCAUAAAAGGUUGUAUUAUCGCAAUACAACGCUUAACAAAAAUAGCAUGUGGAGUGCUUAUUUACAGAAUAAUUAAGUCUUUUUUUUAACCCAACGAAGCAUCUACACAUGUAAAUGUUGCAGCGUGGAGCUUGAACAAUCUAACCCGCCUUUAGCAGAAACGUAUAGAACAAACGUUUAGCUCCGCCUAAUCCAUGGCACCGAUAAUGCCGGGGAAUGUUUUUAUCUAGCUAUUAUAUAUCCAAUUAACAUUUUCCAGCACCACUUUUCCAAAUUUGGCUAUAUUUUUGUGAUAUUUUUCAAGGAUGCAAUUUUUCGUAAUGACUUGCAAUGGAGUAGAACUCAAGGCAUAUCACUGUUUAGCUAUAUUAGGGUAAAAAGAGAAUAAUUAAUAGUAAUUCUCAGAAAAUCGCCGUAGGAUGAGCAGAGAAACCUUACAGAUUAGCAACCAAAGUAAGUGACCUAACCAUUUUUUUAGAAAGUUUGUAAUCUGCAUACAUAUCAACAAAAACAAAGAAGACAACUGGUUCCACUUUUGGAAAACAAAAAUAUAUUUUUCUUUAUUGAUGUUCAUGUACACAUAGGAAAUUAAAUCAGCAGUAUUAGGGACCAUCGCAUCCCCACAUCUAAUAACAAUGCACAGUUGUUGGUUGUAUUAUACUUUCUUAGACAUAACUGUGUGCAGCCAUUUUGAUUUUUGUUCACGUUUUAUUGGCAUACCUACCGGUCCAGAAUUAUGGCUCUGGCAUUUGUUUUUACUUGCACGUACAAUUACAAAUGUUCCGUUUCAACAUGCCGUACAAACCAGUACUCCUUCUCAAUUGACACUGAUAGAAAGUUUUUUUUAGUAAUUGCGGUUUCAAUUUGUCUAUUCUAGAACACUGUUUAUCCCGGAUAUCGAUCAUCAGUGACUUUGGCCAAUAUAUUACUACCCGGUCUCUUAGUACCUGUUUGCUUCUACGAUCAAUGGCAUUUCAAAGAAUAAAAAUGUGAACUUAA